AGCUCUGUGCACCGCUGUUGUUUCGUGAGGCUGGAGAGCCUGUGGGAAGCCAGUGAUUGGGGAAGUAAGCGCUUGUGUCGGAGCUGGCUGCCUCAGACGCAAACUACAUGCAGCGCCAGGGGGCUCGGGGGCUGUGGAUUUUAACCUGCUCAUGUCCAAAAAAGAUGGAUUUGUGGAGCCUGUGAACUUUGGAGAGAAUGUACUGCACGUGCAGUAGACAUAAACAGCUCCUAUUUGUCAUCAGGGAUUGUGGGAGAGAUGGAGUUCUCUGAAAUCUGCCGCUUAUCUUAAGCACUGUCUGAUGGAGAUCUGUGACUGAGAGGUCGGAAACCCUAGAAGUGCGAGCCAAAUCCUUGAGAUGUAAGGUGGGGAGCUGUAUUACGCAUGAUUUAACAGGCAAAAGAUACAGCUCAGCAAGGUUAACCACAAAGACAUCUGUUUUACCUGAUUACACCUGAGACGGAGGGAAAAUGACUGGCUGGAGGCAGGGUUAAAGGAGUAUCCUGUGAUGUCAGACUUCACCUGGGGCAGUUGUCUGAGACUCUGCUGGGGCAGCAAGAGCAGACUUCAUAUCCAGGUGUGUAAACCACGCCAAACCUGACUCAUCAUCCCUUCUCUGUUUGGACUCAGCCCCUUAACUCAUUUCCUCACCGCAGCUCCUCAAUCCUACUCUCAAAUCCGCAGCCACUUCUCAGUUUCUCCCCAUGGAGCCAGUCAAGAGAAGAGACAAGACACUUUGAUUAAUGUGACUACCAGUAGCCCGCGUCUGAUUCCAUAGCACUAGAAAUAGAAAGUAGAAAAAAAGAAACGGCGGCGGUACUUGUGAACUGUCAUCACUUGGAACAAGAGAAUCACCAUGUGGAAUCAGUCUGGAUACUGCAAUCACAUCCCUCACCCUGGAUAUCCCUUCUACCAUGCACCCUGCAGUCAUAACCAGAGGACCACAGCGUUUCGCCAUCCUGUGACCGGACAGAUUUCUCCAGAGAACAUGGACUUUAUUCUGCAAGAACAGCCGCAGGGUGCUUGCAUGAUGUCCAAACACGGGGGUGAGCAGCUCUCCAGCACCACCGUCAGCGAGGCCUCCACUACCAUCACCUCCUCCACUGUGGACACCACCUCUGCCUCCAAGGGCUCCCGAUCCAGCGGUAAGGUGCACAGCUUUGGAAAGAGAGAGCAGGCCAUUAAAAGGAAUCCAAAUGUCCCUGUGGUGGUCCGCGGAUGGCUGUACAAACAGGACAGUUCUGGGAUGCGUCUUUGGAAGAGGAAGUGGUUCGUCUUGGCUGAUUUCUGUCUGUUCUACUACAAAGACAGCAGAGAGGAGUCGGUCCUAGGCAGUAUUCCUUUGCCCAGCUAUGUCAUUUCACCCGUGGGACUUGAGGACCACAUCAGCCGCAAGUAUGCCUUUAAGGCUAGCCACACUGGUAUGCGCUCAUACAUUUACAAGCAGAGCUCUGUGAUUGGCUCACAGGCGGAGCACACUGGGAUGCGGACGUAUUACUUCAGCGCUGACACCCAGGAGGACAUGAACACCUGGCUGAGGGCCAUGAACCACGCCACACUGAUGCAGAACAACAGUGGCACAGUGAUCAGACCAUCUGAAAAGCUAGAGAAGCUCAACAUGAUGCAGCAGCAUGCUGUCCCACAGGCGAAUCACGUAAACCACCACCAGACCAAGAUCCCAGACGCUGAGACCACAAGACCUAUCAUCCACGAGGUUCUCCUGGAGCCCAUACACCGUGAUGCGGACGACCGCUGCAGCUUCCACAAAGAAUCUCCUGCCAAUACCAUGUUGGAGCACCCUAUAGGAAGUACAGCCCUGGAAAUGGACACACACACCUCUCUCCCCUCGAACCCGGCAUCCUCUUCCCUACCACAGUCAGACCACGUGUCAGCUUCGGCGCCCGUUUCUAGGGUUCCAUCCCGGGCACCUUCACGAGCCACCUCAACGCUGCCCUCCAGCGUUUGCACAAGGAACGGCCUCGUCUCCACGCCCAGCCCAAUCCUGGAGCCCAACGGGAUUGCAGCGGGGACGUACCAGAGGGUGCCAGCGCCGCCCUCUGCUGACACCAACAAGCAGGUGCAGAGAAGAAGUGCUCUGGAACAAGUGGAGCACUGGGUCCAAGUGCAGAAGGCUGACCAGAAAGGCCCCCCAUCCAGAGAGAACACCCUCCCUCGUCGCACACCACCGACACAGCACAAGUUCACGUCCAUUGAUGCAUACCAGACCCUGCCGAGGACACCUCGCCAGAGCCCCCCACCCGCUCGACUUGGCGAGUACAAAUACGCCCAGGACCGUCUCAGCCACUUCCGCCUCACUCCUGAGCAGAGUGGCUCAGGGUCCAACACCGUCUUGCAGCUGUACGAGUGGCAACAACGGCACCAGUUCCGGCACGGCAGCCCCACAGCCCCACUCUACACUCCAGCUCCAGAGUACCCAUUUGGCCCUCGCCCUCCAUCUACAGUGCCUCCCUCCUCCUCAGCACCCAAGUCCGAGGGACCACCUCGCUGUGUGUCAGUACCACCUUCAUCUGCAGACAUUGCUCCACCGGGAAUUCCACCUGGCAUCAGCAGAACCCUGUCACCUACACGGAGGCCGCACACGCCAGCUGAGCGGGUGACAGUCAGACCCAUGGGCGAUAGAUCUGUGGUAGACAUCCCCUUCACCGUUUCCCCCCGCAGGACCAAAUCUCAGAUGCUCAAGGCUGCUACUAUUGAGAGACGGUCUAUGCCUCCAUCUGGUUACAUCACACACACAGUCAGUGCGCCCAGCCUUCAUGGCAAGACGCCCGAGGAGCUUACCUUGUUCCUCAUUCAGCUGCGCCGACACCAGGCCAAGAUGGCCUCCGCACGUCAGCACACGUUAGCCCAGCUCCAGCGGCUCAACGGUCCCAAAGAGCCCUACCACAGCAACCACCUCCUCACUUCUACCAACACUACUAGCACCAGCCCCCUCCUCAGCUCCGUCCCUUCUCCUCAAUCCCACCUCGGACACAUGGGCCUCUCAACUCCCCUGGGCUCUUUCAACACCCAGGCUGAUGACACCUACAUGCAGCUGAAGAAGGACUUGGAGUAUCUGGACCUGAAGAUGGCUGGAAGUCAGAUGCUGAAGGAGUCAGGAAAACCUGUCAAGGUUGCAGAAAGUGACGUGGAUGUGAAGUUGAGUCGGUUGUGUGAGCAGGACAAGAUCCUCAAGGAUCUGGAGGCGAGGAUCAGCUCCCUGAAGGAGGACAAGGACAAGCUGGAGAGUGUGCUGGAUCUGUCCCACCAGCAGAUGGAGCAGUACCAGGAGCAGCCGGCCCACACCCAAAAGAUCGCCUACCAGCAAAGGCUGCUGCAGGAAGAUCUGGUCACCAUCAGGGCCCAAAUCUCACGCCUCUCCACGGAAAUGGCACUUGCCUGGGAGGAGUACAGCCGGUUGGAGAGAUCUGUGGAGCAGUUGAGGAUGGCGCUUCAUGCACACAUGAACCACAGUGCUACCCCUCAGCAAGAGAAAGGGGAGAUGAAGCGUGAGCUAUGGAGGAUCGAGGACGUGAUAUCGGGACUGAGUGCCAGCAAAGCCAACUACAAGAUUACCAUCGACUCUGUCCAGAACCCAGAGAGGAAAUUAGUGCCUUCGGUGUCAGACCCAGCAGUGCCUUCUCAUAGCACAGAGGUCCAGCCUCCUCCUCGCAGCUCCAUCCCCAGUGUCCUCUCCCACACUUUGCCUCACAGCACCAUGCCAAAGUGGGCAGAGGACACCGCCCCACCCAGGCCACCACUGCCUCGCCUCUACGACUACGAGGAGACGCCCCCCGUGGUGCCGCCUCUCCCCAGAGAGGCCACGGUGAUCCGUCACACGUCUGUGCGUGGGCUGAAGCGCCAAUCAGAUGAGAGGAAGAGGGACAGAGAGAGUGGACAGUAUGUUGUCAAUGGAGACUGUAAGACUGACUUGCGGUCAUAUCUGAGUGAACCAGAACUGCCAGGAAUAAGCCACCACAGCGCCGGGUCUGACGUUGACUACCAGUAUUUCCCGAGCAAAGUAGGUCUGUUAGGCUCCUCGUCCCGACAGAACCAGUCAACCUCUAUCUCGUCCUACGUCACCUUAAGGAGAGGGCCCGGGAGUUCCAUAGCCAGGCACGAGAGACCCAAGAGUGCCUUGGAGCGUUUGUCAUCACCUACAGAAGCCGCACAGCCCCCGAGCGGUCAGUCUCGAGGCCGAAUGACUGCGGAAGAGCAGCUGGAGAGGAUGAAGCGCCACCAGAAGGCACUAGUUCGCGAGCGAAAGAGGAACCUCAGCCAGGGUGAACGCUCCACCUCCACCGUCACCACCCAGCGUUCCUCCUCCUCCUCCAGGCUGCCCUCCAACACCUCCGAUCCUCCAACCUCCGUGUUUGAUUGGCAGGAGGAGCGACUCGGGGCAGAGGGUCAGAGCGAUGAAGGAUGGAACCAAGUGAAAGAGAGAGCGAGGGUUCACUCAGACGAAUGGGUGACAGCGAAGGCCACUCACAUACGAGAGGUGGAUGUGGAGCCUUUCGACUACAACCUGGACAUCAGCCGAGAGCUGGCCAAACCAAAGAAAGUUCCCAUCCCAGAGCGCUACAUUGAGUCCGAUUCCGAGGAGCCUCUUAGUCCAGAGGAGCUGGAGGAACGCUUCCGCCGGGCAGAGCGCAUCAAGAACCUCCUGGCCAAAUCCAGUGUUCAGAACAUACAGCCAUCUGCACCGCUGGACUUCAGUGAGCUGGACUCGGUUCUACAGCAGCAAGAGAGGAUCAUGAACGUGUCCCAUGCAUUGGCCUCAGAGGCCUCACGCAAGAGCAAACUGGUCGCAGGGACUGAGUGGCUGGAGUGUUGCCAAAGCUGCUGCACAGCACUGACCCAUGCAAACAACCAACACAACAAAGGAGAUUCUUUAUGACGGGGAAGGAUCGGAUCAUUUUUCAGCAUUUGCCAACUAAUUGAUUUAUUUGUAACAAGUCUCUUUUUUAUGAGUAACAACAGAACACAUUUCUUAAAGAGUUUUGAUUUGUAGUUUUGAAAUAGAAUCAGGUUUUCUUGCUUCUGCACUUAUAUGACGCAAUUCAGUAACAAUAAUUUAUAACAUGAGUGAAUUGUUUUUUUAUCUGCACUGACCUGCUUUGCUGUUUGGUCUGUAUUUGUAUGAGUGAAUAAAAGAAGAGUGAAAUGAAGCCAUUGCCACAACACUCAGAUUAGACUGUAGGUUUGACAUGAAUCAUUUAUUUAUUACAUUGUUUGGCUUGACAUGCUUCAACUUCUACUGUCUUCAACACUGUCACCCGAUGAUCACAGUGGCACAGUACCUGCCAAUGAACUCUAAUGCAUUAGAAUAUAAUAUGAAUAAAAAUACAUAAAACAAUAAAUAUUAGAAGUUAAUUAUUUGGUGUCUGUUUGCCUGAAAUGUUUUGGUCCACUUUGUUUCAAAAUGUACAGUUAUACACUUAUACAUCAUGACUGUAUAAACGAGAACAUAAACUAUCCAUUGAUAAUCAUUUUAAAGAAAAAUGUGAUCGUCUCCUUGAAUCUUGUUACAUAAAGUUGCCAUAACAUGCCUUGGCAUGCAGUUUUGUCGUGUCCUAUACAGAUAAAAGGACAAAGACUGUUCCUGACAUACAACAUUAUUCAUUAAUCCUGUGCAACAACUCAUAUAUUACACACAGUACUUGUUCCUAUUGGUACUUUUUGUUUCUUACGUUUCUCCAGUAGGUUAGCAAGCUCGCUUUGGCCUAUUUCCUUCAAAACAUGUUGUGUAAUCUUCAGUGGUCAAACCAUCUUCAUCCUGCUUUUCACUCUCAGAUUGUGAUAGAUGUGGAAAUUCUAUCCUUUCUCUCCU